CCCGAAUCUCGAACCCGUCUUCACUGGAUAAUCAUUCAUCUACAUAGCUGGUGGAUCGAGCGGAUCCCAGUCGCCAUCGGUCCUGCAGUGCGACCACGGCCCGGUAUCGACAAGGAGCCGCAAUGCCCAGCACAGCCACUCCGUCGCCGGAUAGCGUAUCCGACAGCGAAUUCCACGAAUUACUCGCAAGCUAUUCCGACUGCAUCGCUGAGAUAUCCGGCAGCAAAGGCACCAAACCUGGCCAGGAGACGCUGUCCAGUUUGGACCAGUAUCGCUAUGGCGCGGCUCUAGAUACCUUCGGCUCCGGGGACCGGGCCGCGGCCAUGGGUCUUGACGACGUCAAGAAACUUGUCGAGUGGAAACUUCGUCAUGGGAAGUUUCGGCCCACCCUGAUGAAACUGGUUUCGUCAAACGAACCCGGUUUCGUCAAGGACACCAUCCGCGAAGCUGUUACGCUCUACCGGGGCAAGUCUGACGUCUCUGGUGCCCUCAACAUUCUGACCCGGCUCAAAGGCAUCGGACCCGCAACUGCGUCUCUACUCUUGGCCGUCCACGAUCCAGAACGCGUCAUAUUCUUCGCCGACGAGGCCUUCUACUGGCUGUGCUGCAAUGGAUCGAAAGCGCCCAUCAAGUACAAUCAACAGGAGUACAUCGAGCUAGACAAACAAGCGCAGUCCUUGAUCAAGCGUCUCGGCGUGAAGGCUAUGGACGUCGAGCGCGUGGCAUUCGUCUUGAUGAGACAACCGAAAGGCGAGAGGGCCGCCUCGGCCAGCGAGGUCAAAUCACCAACUGGAUCGCCAGCCAACGGCAUGGUCAAGAAGCGGCCGGCAAAGAGAAAAGCUUUGGGUGACGUGCCCGCCGAUGAUGCAGCACCUGUACGACGCUCCAAACGGGUUCAAGCGCCCCUCCCGGUUUCGUCGAGUAUGGCGGACACCCUCCUCUUGGCCAGAAGGGAUGAGGCACACUCGUUUGCUUGUCCUGACCCCAUCCAACUUACCCCGAGGUUCGCGGCCCUCAAGGAGAGCUUGGCCUUGGGUAAGGAAUCGGCAAUCAGUUCCUCGUGGCACCGGCUUCUCCAGCGUCUCCCAGUCGAGAUUGGAGUAGUCUCAUCCCUUGGAUCCGAUGCCAUACCCACCAUCCGCUUCGAGGACGCCGCGGACCUACAGCAGGCUGACCGUUUCCUGCGAGACCUUGGCCAGAGAGGAGUCGGUAUCAUCCGCGGUGUGGUGCCCAAAGACACGGCUCUAAUGUGGAGCCGAGAGGCGGAAGAAUAUCUCGGGCAGUCACCACCUGUCAGGUCCCCUUCGGGGGGUUUCCAGGCACAGGAUGUAUACUGGAGUCCUGCCCAGGUUAAGGCCCGAGCUCACCCGAAUCUCCUUGCGGCGCAGAAGUUUGUCAUGAGCGCGUGGAAAUCCAAAGACGAAAACGCCAGGGUGACGACAAACUUUCCAAUCUCGUACGCCGAUCGGAUGGCAUUGAGAGGGAGGGAGGGGCCAGAAAGUAGCCCUUGGGCCACCGUUGACGGCGGAAGUGUGGAACGAUGGGAACCAGACGGAUACGGCCGGGCUGGCACGUACAAGGACAUCUUCGAGGGCCGGUGGGAAGAUUAUGACCCCUGGGAGAGCAGCACCCGCCUCGGCGUAACAAGCGAUCUCUACCACAGAGCCGGCGCGUGCUCCAUCUUCCGAAUGUUUCAGGGCUGGCUCGCCCUCAACCACGUCCCCUCCGGACCAGGCUCGGUCCAAGUCUGCCCGCUGCCGCGCCUAGCCACGGCCUACUUCCUCCUCCGGCCGUUCUUCUCCCCCCCGCCAUCGUCAAUCUCAACACCAACGACGACGCCAGACCGCUCAACCGAAACAGGAGACGACGCCCAGUGGGCGUUCAACCACCCCCAAAAUAGCAUCCUCCACGGCGCGCUCCCAAGCUACGCCCAGCAGAUCACGCCGUCCCUCCACCCGCACCUGCAGCUCGACCGCAGCCUGAUCUCGGUCCCGGACCUCCAGCCGGGCGACUACCUAGUCUGGCACCCGGACCUGAUCCACCGCAUCAUCCCCGACCGACCCCAACCCCAACCCCACCACCACCACCACCAUCACCAUCACCCCUCCGAUUCGGAUCCCGACCCCUCUUCCUCUUCCUCCUAUUCGAGAGCGGCAGCAGCCUGCAUGUACCUCCCCGCGUGUCCACUGACCCAGACGAACGCGCUCUACCUCGCCCGCCAGCGCAAGGCGUUCCUCCUCGGCCAUCCGGGCCCGGACUUUGCGUGGGGCGGGCACGGGCACGGGCACGGCCGCCGAGAGAGCGGGGAACCGGUGUGGAGCUGCGACGGCAGCGGCAGCGGCAGCGGCAGCGGCAGCGUCAUCAGCCGGCCGGAGGCGCAGGAGGUGCUGGACGCGGGCGGGGAUGACGGCCUGCGGGCGAUGGGGUUGUUGCCGUGGGACGAGGAAGAGGCGGACGAGGACAAGGAGAGGGAGGUGCUCGCCAUGGCAAACGGCAUUCUGUUUCCGGACUUGUAUGAUAUGUUUGGGUGA